AAAUAUCCUCCUAAAGUGCCUCAGCCCUUGUGUUGAAACCAAGACCUGUCAUUUCAUAAAUGAAAUUAGCAUCGUGUCUGCCUGCCUGCCUUGAAAAAUGGACAACUCUACAGAGAUACUUGUAACCAUCAACAAUCCAGCUGACAUCAGUGUGAUCAUCUGCUAUUUUGUGGUGGUUAUUGCAGUAGGAAUUUGGUCUACAUUUAGGACUAAUCGUGGUACAGUGGGGGGCUACUUUCUUGCAGGUCGGACCAUGGUGUGGUGGCCUGUGGGAACAUCUCUUUUUGCGAGCAACAUUGGCAGUGGCCAUUUUGUUGGCCUUGCUGGAACAGCGGCUGCAAGUGGAAUAGCUGUUGGGGGAUUUGAAUGGAAUGCAUUAUUUAUUGUUCUGCUGUUGGGCUGGGUGUUCGUCCCUGUUUAUUUAACGGCAGGGGUGAUUACAAUGCCACAAUACCUCAAAAAACGAUUUGGAGGUUCUAGAAUUAGUUUGUACCUCUCUGUCAUUUCACUUUUCCUUUACAUCUUUACAAAGAUUUCUGUUGAUAUGUUCUCAGGAGCAGUUUUUAUACAGCAGGCUCUUGGAUGGAAUAUCUAUGUUGCAGUCAUUGCCUUGCUUUGCAUAACAGCAUUAUAUACUGUCACAGGAGGGCUGGCUGCACUGAUGUAUACAGACACUGUCCAGACCUUUGUUAUCAUUGCUGGAGCCUUUGUCCUCAUGGGAUUCUCUUUCCAUGAAGUUGGAGGUUACAAUGCUUUACUGGAGAAGUACAGUUCAGCUUUACCAUCACAGAGGUUGUCCUUAGACCCUCAUAAACUCAACAUCUCUGAACACUGUUACACUCCACGUGAGGAUGCUUUCCAUUUGCUUAGGGAUCCUAUGACUGGGGACCUGCCAUGGCCUGGUGUGUUAUUUGGCAUUGCAAUUAUUGGUAGCUGGUACUGGUGUUCUGAUCAGGUAAUUGUGCAGCGCUGUUUGGCCGCCCGCAGUCUCACACAUGUAAAGGCUGGAUGUAUAUUGUGUGGGUACCUGAAACUGCUCCCUAUGUUUCUCAUGGUGUUUCCAGGCAUGAUCAGCAGAGUGCUCUACCCUGAUGAGGUGGGUUGUGUGGUACCUGGUGUCUGUAAGGAAGUGUGUGGUACAGAGGUUGGUUGCUCCAACAUUGCCUAUCCCAAACUGGUAGUUUCUGUCAUGCCAACAGGUCUCAGGGGUUUAAUGCUGGCAGUCAUGUUAGCAGCUCUAAUGAGUUCCCUAGCAUCCAUCUUUAACAGCAGCAGCACCUUGUUCACCAUGGACAUUUGGACUCGUAUCCGGCCUCAGGCAAGAGAUAAAGAGCUCAUGAUUGUUGGAAGGGUGUGGAUACUCUGCAUUGUUGGCAUAAGUAUUUGCUGGAUCCCAGUGGUCCAGGCAGCCCAGAGUGGUCAACUCUUUGACUACAUUCAGUCAGUGACUAGUUACUUGGCUCCACCUAUUGCAGCAGUCUUCUUCCUUGCUAUUUUUGUAAAGAGGGUCAAUGAAUCAGGGGCUUUCUGGGGCCUGAUGGGAGGACUGGUUAUGGGUCUGUGUCGCAUGGUACCUGAGUUUGCAUAUGGCUCGGGAAGCUGCCUCUUUCCCUCCAACUGCCCAAAACUCAUAUGUGGAGUUCAUUACCUUUACUUUGCAGUGCUGCUCUUUUUCUGCACUGCUAUUCUGGUGCUAAUCCUCAGCUACAACACUUCACCCAUAGAUGACAAACAUCUUCAUCGCCUUGUCUUCAGCUUACGCCAUUCUAAAGAAGAAAGAAUCGAUCUGGACUGGGAAGAGGAAGAACGAGGCAGGCAAGCUCGAAGAGAUGCAGAUGAAAAGAAAAAGGUCAUAACCGCUGCGGAUGAAAAUGAACAUCAUGACCAAUCCAUUACCAUGAAGAUUAUUGGCUGGUUUUGUGGCAUAAGUGAGACUCAGGCUCCAGAGCCUACAGAAGAGGAAGUGACUGAAGCUUUAAAAAUAUUGCCUGACAUAAGUGAGAAACCAAUGUGGAAGAAUUUAGUCAAUGCUAAUGCUCUAAUAAUGAUGUCUGUAGCCGUUUAUUGUUGGGGUUUCUAUGCAUGAAAAAAUAAGUGUCAUAUCAUUUGAAAUAUUUUUAUACUCUAAAUCUACACAUAAUGCCUAUACAUAAUCUGUUAAUCCAAUCAUAUAAUGAUGUCCCUAAUAUCUAUACGUGAACAUUUAGUAGAUGUGUUUUUGGUUAGGGUAUGGGAAAAGAUUUUAAUUUUUUUUACAAUAUC